AUGUCCAUCUUUGAAAGACUAAAAAGGUGGCUAUUAGUGUGGAUAUUAAGGUUUGCCUUCUCAUUCCCUAAUGGCGCUUACGCGCGUAAAGCGAUCCACUGCUUGAAAAAGAUUUUGUUUAAUACACGAAGUGAUUGGAUUCAGAGACAUGAGCCAUACGGUUAUUGGAUCGCUGAAGACCUACAAGCUAAUUCAAAAAAAGAAGCCUUGCUGGACAGAAUUAGUGAAGCCGACGUUAUAUUCUUUUGGAUACCUGGUGGCGGAUUUCGGUUUAACUUGGGCGAAUUGUAUACACCAACCUUUGCUAAAUGGAUGCGAGCAUUAGAAGCGGAUAAGAACAUAAAGAGUAUGGUUUUUGUAUCGAACUAUAAACUGGGACCUGAAAAUAUAUUUCCUGCCGCUGUUGAUGACAUUGCUGAUGCUUAUGGUUGGCUUAUUAGCACUUAUCAAAUCGUUCCUCGAAAAAUAAUUAUUGGUGCUGACGACGCCGGCGUUGCCAUUGCUUUAGAUACCCUUUUCACGUCGUCAAAGAUAUCAAUUGAGCAGCGACCUUCAGCCAUGAUCUGUGUUUCGCCUUAUACUGGUUUAGAAGCUGGUGGUGAAUCAUGGAGGGCCAACCUAGGUGAAGAUCUCAUUAAUGAAAAAGCUAUCACGUAUAUGGAAUUGUCGUAUUUAGGCUCACAAAGCGAAGAUGUCUUUGAUGAAAACGAUGAUAUUGACUUUUCUGAUAAAAAUCCACAUCAGCCAAAGCCGUUCGGUUAUCUUCCAACAACAGUAGAUGUAGGAACCUUCCUACCUCAACAUUUAUUGUUCUUCUUGGGAGGUAAAGAAGUGCUAUUAGAUGAAGGCGGUCUUCUAGCUUCGCGAGCAAGAAGUGCCGGCAUUCAAGAUGUAGUUGUUUUUCAAGAACCAUCCGGUAUCCAUUUAUGGCCUCUGUUUGCUGAAUACUUGAUCGAAGACCGGUCUGUUGAACAAAAUGCGAUCAACACAUUUGUGGAUUUUGUUAACAGAGUUGUCUCUCUAUCUAAAGCCCAACAAAAAACAAAUAAGAAAAGGUUUGUUAGUGAAGAGCUGCAUAAAAGAAAUCAAUAG